CUUCGGAGGCAGAGGGAGAAGGCUGUGCGUAGUAAAAGGGACUGCGCACCUUAACCGUCUUCGUCCCUUUUGAUGAGCAAACUAAUGUUUUUUUAGCUAAAUGUGGCAGCGGGGGGAGGUGUUGCCAGAUGACUGCGCUGCAUCUUUUUCUGGUUUUGCUUUUGUGCGCACUUUUCUCAUCAUUAAAUCCCGCAAGAAAACGGAGUCAAAACUGAAGAACCCUUUGGUGAAAUGUGGGUGUGAGCCGCAGCCUGCAGUCUGGACUACCACAUGCCCUGAUGACCACUGAGCCCUAACCGACUGGUGGACGCCUAAAACGCACGUGAUUUACAGGCUACAGGCCAUCUUCCAUCUGCGCUUUGGACCAAAGGCAGUGCCAUGGCAGAAGACAGUGGCUUACCUCAGCAGAUCCAGAGUGUGGAGAGGAGCAUAGUGUUUCUUAGACAGGAGCACCUCACAAUGUUGCACAGUCUUCAUCUGGAAAUCCUCUCUCUGCAGAAACGAUGUACAGAGUUAACAACUGAGCUAAAGGUGAAACACCAAGGAAGAACGAAGUUAGAGUUACAAGAUGAAGAGGAGCUCCUAGAAUUACAUUGCAGGGACAUGGAGAAUAGCUUACAUGAACAGGAUUGUUCUAUUGGAGAGCUCCGCAAAGAACUGACUCACAAGGGGGCUUUGGUAGGUGCACUCAGAGCCAACCUCAAACAAAAGGAGCGCCAUUUCCUGGAAGAGCUAAAACGCCGUAGCCACUGUUCAACUGUCCUUCAUACAGAGUUACAGAAACAAACGGAGGCAGCAGCAUAUCUCUCCUUCCAGCUGCAUGCAGCCAGGCAGAAACUGCAUCACCAGCGGAUGCAACAGAGGCAAGGCCUACUAGCUAAAGCCCACAAUCAGGGUGCUCACUAUGACUCAGGACAGGACUGCCUUUCACCUCAGAUGCCAUCAGGAGCACCCUCUCUUGCAGUUAAGCCAAAGCGGAAGAGUGCAAGAGUGUCCUCCAGAGUGGAGUGGACAAGAGAAUGUGUGCCCAUGGAGAAAGUCCUGGGUCCAGCAGAGCCAACAUCAAUGCCUGACCCUGCCCUGUUCCUUAACCCACGAUGGCAUAGAGCCCGACCAAGGCACGCUGUUGCACCUGCACCUCCACCAGUGGGAGUAGUGAAUGAGCAAGGCACUGAGCGUGGUGGGGAGGGGCCUGCAGAGUCCCAGAAAGAAGCAGUUUCUUCAGCUGCAGUGCCCCCUGCUGCAGAGACUAAAGCAGAUUAGCUGUUUUGGUUUACUGUAACA